CUCCAGGGCUGCUGUGUCGCCCAGGUUCCCUGGGCCUUGGGCCCCACCCCCGCUUGGUCUGCUCGGACCUACUCGUCGUUCCGCACCCCCCACCCCCAACACCCGCCUCUGCGGCUGCGCGCUGGCGGGGCUGAGGCCGAGGGGAGGGGGUCGCGCUGGGGGCCCGCGGAGCUGCGGCGGCGGCAGCGAGAGACGGAGUGAGCCCGGCGGCCGCGGGCAGGCUCGGAGGGAACGAGGAAGCGAACAUGUCUCGUUACACGAGGCCCCCCAACACCUCCCUGUUCGUCAGGAACGUCGCGGACGCCACCAGAAAAUCUAAAGCAGUCCACAGUAGCUGGCAAGCGCCCCCCAGUUUGAACCAACCUGUUAGCUAGAAUCAAGCAUAAACCGAGCAGGCGAGACAAAAGGCACCUAAAGUUCAAGCGUCAAGGAGUAAAGAGGGAGGGUGGACACAAAUAUAAAGACCUGGAAGAGGGGAAGUCUUUAUCAAGGAAAAGACAAAGCCAACACCAGGUUGAGACUUCGGCUUUCCUACAUUUACUCAGAGUUCCAGAGUCAAAGCCAAGUCUGAUUUUGUUGGUUCUUCGUCUCUUAUAAAGUCCAUCUUGCACGCCUUAAAGAGUAAAAGUCAAGGUUCAAGAUCAAGUGACAUUGAGUGUCCUUAACAGCUAGUCAUAUUUGAAGAUGUUCGCGAUGCUGAAGAUGCUCUUUAUAACCUCAAUAGAAAGUGGGUAUGUGGCCGUCAAAUUGAAAUACAGUUUGCACAAGGUGAUCGCAAAACACCAGGCCAAAUGAAAUCAAAAGAACGUCACCCUUGUUCUCCAAGUGAUCAUAGGAGGUCUAGAAGCCCCAGCCAACGGAGAACUCGAAGUCGAAGUUCUUCGUGGGGAAGAAAUAGGAGGCGGUCUGAUAGCCUUAAAGAGUCUCGACACCGGCGAUUUUCUUAUAGCCAGUCUAAAUCUCGCUCCAAAUCACUACCGAGGCGGUCUACCUCAGCAAGGCAGUCAAGAACUCCAAGAAGGAAUUCUGGUUCUAGAGGACGGUCACGGUCCAAGUCCUUAGAAAAAAGGUCCAAGUCAAUGGGAAAAUCACAAUCAAGUUCACCUCAAAAGCAGACUAGCUCAGGAACAAAAUCAAGAUCACAUGGAAGACAUUCUGACUCCAUAGCAAGAUCCCCAUGUAAAUCUCCUAAAGGGUAUACCAAUUCUGAAGCUAAAGCACAAACAGCAAAACACUCUCAUUUUCGAUCACAUUCCAGAUCUCGGAGUUAUCGACAUAAAAACAGUUGGUGAACAAGAGAAGAGCGCUAGGUAGUCUUUAAUAUAAGUUAUUAAACCUGUCAUUAUGUUAAAUAAAAAUUCUCAAGGCUUACAGAAAAUGUGAGUUAAUAUUAGUUACCUUGGGCAUGUGCAAGAAUAAAACCUCUCUAGCUUUGGGUUAAUAAAGA